AUUUGAGUAGUAGCCCACAUAGAGCUUCUACUAAUUGGUAGAGAGAGAGAGAGAGAGAGAGAGAGAGAGAGAGAGAGAGAGAGAUGGUCUCUAGGGAGCACAAGAAAGCUGGUCUACAUGAGAAGCUACAGUUGCUUCGUUCACUUACUAAUUCUCAUGCACUAAAUAAAGCUUCGAUCAUUCUAGAUGCGACAAAGUACAUUGAAGAGUUGAAGGAGAAGGUUGUGAAGCUGAAUCAAGAGGUCGCAUGCGCACAAAACAUCGUCAUAGAGGAUCCCUUGCCUAUGCAGGUCACAGUUGAAACCCUGGAGAGGGGAUUCCUCAUCAAUGUAUUCUCAGAUAAGAGCUCCCCAGGAUUGCUUGUCUCUAUACUAGAGGCUUUUGAAGAGCUCGGACUCGAAGUAAUGGAAGCUAGGGCUUCUUGUACCGACACAUUUCGCCUAGAAGCAGUUGGAGCAGAAAACCUAGCUGAAGGGGUCGAUGCACACGUCGUGAAGCAAGCGGUGUUGCAGUCGAUUAAAAAUUGCUCUGGAAAUUAAGUUAGUUGUAGUACUAGAAUAAAUAUUUGUUAAUUACUAGCGCAAGCUAGUUUUCCCUUCUAAUUAGCUUUCGUUUGAGUUACAAUUGCAAGAUUGAGCUUCAUAAUGAAGUUAGUGCUUAUUAUAUAUGUGUAAUUGGCGA